UGUCGGCGGCAGAGCAGAGCCUCGCCCUCCCCGGCGCACCACGCGCUCCUACACUCGGAUGACAGCUCAGUGAUAACAGCACACACACAGCCUGAUCGCCGGGACCCGACCGACCUACACCGACACACACCCAGAGAAACUUUGAGACGUUUCCAACUUGAUUUUCUGUCUUAUUUUUUUUGCACCCGCCGCUUCCAAAGAGGAUAUACUGUAUUAUUUUCCCUUGUUUCAUCAAUAAUGCCAGCAGACACCAUGGAAAAGCAGACGGCAUCUCCUAUUGCCGGUGCCCCUGCAAACGGAUCACACACGCCGGACAAGCCCAAAAAUGCCAGCGAGCAUAGAAAGUCAUCCAAACCUAUCAUGGAAAAACGUCGGAGAGCAAGAAUAAACGAAAGUCUUGGGCAGCUCAAGACACUCAUCCUGGACGCACUUAAAAAAGAUAGCUCCAGACACUCAAAGCUGGAGAAAGCAGACAUCCUGGAGAUGACAGUGAAGCACUUGAGGAACUUGCAGCGCGUACAGAUGACUGCAGCAAUGUCAGCAGACGCCACCGUCUUGGGCAAAUACAGAGCUGGAUUCAACGAGUGCAUGAACGAGGUCACCCGCUUCCUGUCCACCUCAGAGGGGGUGAACGCGGAGGUGAGGUCCAGGCUGCUCAACCACCUGUCCAGCUGCAUGGGCCAGAUGAUGUCCAUGAACUACCCGCAGCAGGCCCCCUCCCAGCAGGCGCACCUGGCGCAGCCUCUGCAUGUGCAGCUCCCAUCCACGCUGCCCAUCAGCGGCGCCUCCAUGGCCUCCAAACUCAGCCCGACGGAAGCCGUGUCCCCUAAGGUCUUCGGUGGGUUCCAGCUGGUGCCUGCAACCGACGGACAGUUUGCAUUUUUGAUUCCUAACCCUGCAUUUGCGUCCGCCACCGCCCCCGUCAUCCCCCUGUACGCAAACGCAGGAGUGCCUGUUGCGGUCAACGCCAGUCCGGUGCACGGCAGCUCUUCGCCCACAGCAGCAUCUCCAGUGCACGGCAUGACGUCCUUCUCCGGGGUGUCCCAGGCGGUCAGCCCAGUCGGGGUCAGCACUGGGUCGGAGAGCAGCGAGCCUGUGUGGCGGCCGUGGUAGCCAAAGUGGCUGCAUAAGGGACAAUUUAGAGACAGACGUGAAAGCGGUUUGCAUUACAUUUACAGUUUUUAGGCAUUUAGCUGAGGCUCUCAUUCAGAGAUGAGCAGCCACAGGGGUUCAGCACGGACACUUCACAGGACACGUGGUUGUUACGGGGGAUUCAACCUGUGACUUUUUCUCUAUGGGACGGUCACUCUUAACCACUACCGCUGCAUUAUAGUUGUCAUAGUUCCGUUGUAUGGAACACGGGUUGCCUUUGUUGAACAUGGCAUACGGUUUAUAUACGAUUUAUUGUCUGAUUCCAAAAUUUGGAUGUCGGUGAUAAAUAUGCUGUACAUGCAAUUGAAGAUUUACAGGAUAUGUUUGUUAUGAAGUACUUUUUAUGAAAAGGUUUAGUUUUGUACAAAGUUGUUAUUGAUUGUUAUACCAAAGCUGUGUUUUAUAUUCUUUGUUUUAUGUUGGGAAAAAAACUGAAGUUGGGCGAUGACCCAUUGUUCAAAU